AUGUCAGCUGCGGUGGACAGCGGCACGGGCGCGCUGAACGGGCGCGUGCACUGCGCGGAGUCGGCCACCAACGGCCACCACGACCCCCGCCCCUGGAGCCAGCAGUUCCUGCCCACGCCGCUGCACCUCGAGGACAGCGUGCGUGCACAGAAGGUGGAGGCGCGGCUGAAGGAGCUGGUGCUGUGCGGGGAGGUGCUGCGCCGCGUGGCCGAUGUGUUCGAGCAGGAGAUAGAGCGCGGCCUCAGCGAGCAGCCCUCCAGUCUGCAGAUGGAGAACACCUACGUGCCGGAGCUGCCCGACGGGACUGAGGAGGGCGUGUUCCUGGCGCUGGACCUGGGCGGCACCAACUUCCGAGUGCUGCUGCUGGAGCUGUCGGCCGGCCAGCUGGUGCGACAGCAGGUCAAGCACUACCACAUCAGUAACGCGCUGCGGCUGGGCACGGGGGAGGAGCUGUUCAACUUCCUGGCAGACUGCGUGCUCGACUUCGUGAAGCAGCUGGGCAUGGAGGACCAGACCUUCUCGCUAGGGUUCACAUUCUCGUUCCCGAUGAAGCAGCACUCGAUCUCGUCCGGAGAGCUCAUCACGUGGACGAAGAGCUUUAAGUGCUCGGGACUAGAGGGCGUGGACGUGGCGGCGCUACUGGAGCGCUGCCUGCGCGCGCGCAAUCUUCAGAUCACAGUGCGCGUCCUACUCAACGAUACCACCGGCACACUCAUCGCUGGCGCACACAUGCACAAGAACGUAGGGAUCGGUGUGAUCCUGGGCACGGGCUCCAACGGCUGCUACAUGGAGCGCGCGUCGCGCGUGCAGCACUGGGAGGCGGCGCACGAGCGCGUGCAGGACGUGUGCGUCGACAUCGAGUGGGGCGCCUUCGGGGACAACGGCUGCCUCGACUUCAUCAAGACAGACUUCGACCGCGAGGUGGACGCCGGCUCACUGCUCGCGACCUCAUUCACGUUCGAGAAGUACAUCGGCGGCAAGUACCUGGGUUCGAUUCUGUCGUGUGUGCUGAGCGCGCUGGCGCGGGCGGGACUGUUCCCGGCCGAGCCAGCGCCCGACGCGCUGCAGACUGCUCAUCUGAGCCUCUUUGAAGAAGAGAACUGUGCAGGAGAGGUGUCCCGCACGAUGACGGCGCUUCGCGAGGUAUGCGCCGGCGCAAGUAUCACGGCGGAAGACGCGCGCGUCGCGCAACAUGUCGCGCACGUCAUAUCCAACCGCGCCGCGCAACUUGUCUCAGUGUGUAUCUCGACGUUGGUGCGCCGCAUGUCGCGGCCGCACGUGGCGGUGGCGGUGGACGGCUCCGUGUUCAAGCACCACCCGCGCAUCGCUCGACUCAUGCGCACGUACAUCGCGCUACUGGCGCCACACCACUCGUUCUCGUUGCUGGGUGCCGAGGACGGCAGCGGCAAGGGCUCGGCGCUGACAGCGGCCAUCGCGGCCCGCCUGGCGACGCGCGACUCCUAG